AUGUCGAAGCGACCCUUCAGCGAGAUCCAGAACGUUGCGAACCCACAACCUCAUCGGUCCCGCCGGUUACAAGAUCUCUUUGGCCCUUUGGACGAGCCUACAGUUUAUACACGUACUGACUGGGACUCGAAGGAGCUGCACUAUCACCUUGACCAAAAGAAGAAAUACCAGAGGCUCCAGCCUGGCUCUCUUGAAUACCAGCGUCGUUCCGAGUCAGAACCCCCGCUGCCGGAUAGCCAACUCCCUGAUCCACAUUGGGAUCCUCAAGCACCAUUUACUUGGCCUGUUGUUCCGCGAACCCCUCGAGUCCCAACUCCUCUUUCUCAACCUGCACUUUCACCUUCGCCGCCCGUCCACCAAAAGUCGGAUUCCAACCUUGAAUCACAGCUACUCGACCAUCCACCUCUACUAUCAUCACCUUACGCGUCACACCGCUUCCUCUCUGUUGGGCCGGCAUCUUAUCGCAACCGUGACAAUGACGGAUCCGUAGUUGACCAGAAGCCAUCCCAGUUCGAAAUCACCCACUCGUGGCGAGACCCAGCGUUUCGCCAAACUCUCAACAUCCUCAACAGAACUCACCCCUCCGACGCAUGUCCCUUCUGCGUACCCGUUGGACACGAGAGCUUUGCCAGCCUUUUCAGAGACCCUGCAGCGAAGAUUUGUGACUACCAUCGCCGAAAGGCUGUAUGGGAGGUACAGAUGAACCUCCUCCGCCUCGGCCCUCUCAUCACCCACGCGACGAAUCAUCGGGAUGCGCUCAUCGAGGAGCGAGAAUCGUACCAUCAGCUACUGGAGCAACUGGAGCACGCUAAGCCUGGUCGUAACUAG